AUGAGCGCAACACGUCUUUGGGUUGGUGGCAUCGCUGAGGACGUCACUGUCCUUGACCUCUACAACCUCUUUGCCCCGCACGGCAAGAUCGACUCCAUCGUCAUCCGUCCCAACUACGCAUUCGUGGACAUCGAGUGCCAGGGCAAUGUGGACGAUGUCGUCCAGCAAUUCCACGAGUACGACCUGCACGGCUCAGUGCUCACAGUGGAAGAGGCCAAGUCCAGCCAGAACACCGCCAUCACCAGCCCGGUGUCCGUGUUUGUUGUGGGCAUUGCAAGCGAUGCGGACCUUGACACGCUGAGGGAGCAGGUUGCAGGGUGCACCAGCCACGAGAUCAAGGAGUCCAAGAUGCACGGCGCAGCCUCUGCCCACGAGGGCGACGAGCCAGCGCCCCCGGCCGCCGAGUUUGUCUUUGAGAACGAGGAUGCCGCACGUGAGGCCGCUGCCGCCAUUGAGGCCGCCGACCUCCCAGGCCCAGAACCAAAGUGCUUCACUGGCAUCCGCUUCGGCGACACCCGCCGCGCUCGCAAGCCACGCCCAGACAUGGCGCUGCCGUUCCCCGUGCAGCUUGUUGUGCGCCCGUCGCUGGUCGGCGCCAUCAUUGGCCGUGGCGGCGCCAACAUCCGCCAGCUGUCGCAGGUCAGCCGCGCCCGCGUGGAGCUGGAGCGCCGCGACCCGCACCUCGGCGCCGUCGGCCGCCGCGUCUUCAUCGACGGUUCCCUGAACAACACAGUGGAGGCGUUCCGUGCGCUUGUGCAGCUCAUGGCCGACAACGACGUCGAGCUCAACGGCGAGGAGCCCGUGGAGGCGGAGGACCGCAUCACGAGCAUCCAGAUGAUGAUCCCUGGAGAGAUGGUUGGCCACCUGAUUGGCCGGGCCGGCGCCAGCAUCAAGUACAUCACAGAGACCAGCGGUGCUGGUAUUGAGCUCCUCCCCCUUCAGUACCCAGCAAACAUGUCCCCCGUCAGGAUUGUGAAGAUUGAGGGCACGCCUCGUCAGCUGACGCACGCGUUUGCGCUGAUGCUGCGCAAGUUCUCCAACGCCAUGCGAAGAAGCAUGGAGGUGAUGCGCGGCCCACCCAUGAUGGGCAUGAUGCAACAGCAGCAGCAGCAGAUGCCAGGCAUGGCCCCGCCAUACGUGCCCGGCUACGGGCCCGGCCCCAUGAUGAUGGCCCCGGUCGAGGUCAUCACUGUGCGCGUGCCUGCAUGGAGCGUGGGCGCCCUCAUUGGCCGUGGUGGCAGCAACAUCAAGCACAUGAUGGAGGAGACGGGCGCAGAGAUUCGCAUUCAGAACUCGGGCGACGACGUCGAGGAGCCCCUUGAGCGGGACUGCGUGGUUCGCGGCACCACCGAGCAGCAAGUGCGUGCGCAUGCGCUCAUCUUCCGCCGCAUGCAGGACGAGCAGGCCCGCCUCAACAUUCCGCCAACGGACCCCCGCUCCAACGACCUCUUCCCCGUGGUCAUGGAGGUCCCCGCUGCCAAGGUUGGCCGCGUCAUUGGCCGGGGCGGUGCCACCAUCCGCGACAUCCAGCAGAAGACAGGUGUUGGCGUGGAGGUGCAGCAGAACGAGGAGAACCCAGAGGCAAACGCCGCCGUCAUGCUUCACGGCUCCUACCGCAGCGUCCAGGCUGCUCUCAACAUCCUCCGCCCGCAGCAGCAGCAGCAGAGCCAGUAUGGCGAUGAGAGCGGUGGUGUUUGUACGUGCUGCAGCGACGGUGCGAAGACUGCGUUGCUGGCGGUUGCAAUGGUGCUGGUUGGAGUGGCGUUUGGGCUGGCCUUCUAUGCGUUCUACGAGCGCGUCGUGGUGACGGAGACGGUGGCGCUCGCGGCCCUGGCGGCCUCUGGUGGCGUGUUUGGGAUCUUGGCCCUGCUGCUCGCCGUGCACAUCAGCGGGGUUCACCGACGUGCCAGGAGGCAGGCGUACCUCCGCAACAGUGCGUACACGCGGCACUUGUUUGCCAACACCACAGAGAACCAGGCCUUCGAUCCGCGCGAUGCAGGCAACGGCGGUGGCGGCGGUGCAGUCGAUGAUCUGGAGCAGGAGGAACGUGCUGUCGCCCAUGACCAAGCCGGGCCCAGCACUGUGGGCGCUUAUCCAGGCCACACACACCCCCCUGCGCGGUACCAAGGCCAGGAGCACGCCGCGCAUCAGGCGCAAGGCGCGGGGGCGGAGCAGGCACUCACUGGCAGGGGUGAUCAUGUCGAGCGCGACACCAUCGACGACGACGGCAACAGCGGCAUGUCGGAGGCGCAGCUGUACCAGGAGGUGCAGCGCGUGGCCCAUCAACUCGAGGCUGCAAGUGCGCAAGGGGAUGACGAUGCAGUGGCUCGGAUGCUUCGACAGCUCAACAGGCGGCUUGUGGUGACCGAGACGCUGCUCGCAUCAACUGGUAUUGGCCGAGUGGUGAAUGGCAUCCAAGGCGCGUGUCGGCCGCAGGCACAGGCGCUCAUCGCCAAGUGGCGGUCCGCUGUGACCGGCAGCAGUGAGUAUAGCCAAGCUGAGAUGAGCAGUAGUGGCCGUUUGGAUCGACGGGCUGGCACUGGCCGCCAUGCUCCCGUGGACGAUGCUGCCAGCGGCGGGGACACCCAGGACGAGAGCGCUGUUGUUGCGUCGCUGACGCGGCUCAACGCAAGGCUUGUGGGUUAUGGGGAGCAAGGAGAUGUUGCCAAGGCACAGGCACUGCUGAACAAGCUUGAGGCUGGCCAGGACGAUCUCACACUAGAGCGGUUACGCGACAGUGGGCUCUAUGCGACCUUGACCCAGUUGAAGCGGGGUGACAUUGGAGCACGAGCACAACGCAUAUUGCAGCACGUCAGAGACAGCCAACACUCGUCGCAAGCGUAG